AAAACUAGCCAAUCAAGAAAAAACUCAUUAUUUUUUCUAAAAACAAGCCCUUCUGAACUAAUACGACCGAAAUAACGAAGUCUGAUUAAAUACAUGAAAUAUAUAAGUUUGAAAAACGUGUAAAAUUUUGUGUGAUAGGUAUUUAAUUUAAGCAAGUGCAAAUAAAAAAUAAUAACAUUACAUAAUGCCGUUGCUUCGACUAACAUCGGGUGGUUUUGGGCAAUUGCGUACUUUCGCUACGUCAGCAGCCCUAGGGAAAAGAAUGAAGACAUUUGCCGUGUACCGUUGGAACCCGGACGAGCCUGACAAAAAGCCGUACACACAGAAUUAUGAAGUGGAUCUCGAUGACUGCGCGCCCAUGGUUCUUGACGCUCUACUCAAAAUUAAAAACGAAAUGGACCCGACCUUGACCUUCCGUCGCUCAUGCCGCGAGGGUGUCUGCGGCUCCUGCGCUAUGAAUAUCGACGGUGUGAACACACUUGCAUGCAUCAGUCACAUUGACAAGAAUCUGUCCAAACCUACGAAAAUCUAUCCCCUUCCCCACAUGUAUGUAGUGAAAGACCUGGUGCCCGACUUGAGCAACUUCUAUCGUCAGUACCAGUCUAUUGAGCCAUGGUUGCAACGUGACAAGGAAGCGGUGAAGGGUAAGGAGACACAGUUGUUACAAGAUGUGGAAGACCGCGCUAAGUUGGAUGGUUUGUAUGAAUGUGUACUCUGUGCUUGUUGUUCUACAAGCUGUCCCUCUUAUUGGUGGAACGGAGAUAAGUAUCUAGGCCCAGCUGUGCUCAUGCAGGCUUACAGAUGGAUUAUAGAUUCUCGAGAUGAUGCCACAGACAAACGUCUGUCAAAACUAAAAGAUACAUACUCUGUAUACCGUUGUCAUACCAUCAUGAACUGCACUAGAACAUGUCCGAAAGGCUUGAACCCUGGCCGUGCUAUUGCUCAGAUCAAGACAUUGCUUUCUGGUAUUGUUAAGAAGCAACCUCCGAUCUUGGAUCCCGCAGGCUUGGAGAAACAAACAGCACAGAACUAGGCCAAUAUAACAGAUCUAUUAAUAUUUCUUUCAAAUUUAUCUUACCACUAAGUGUUACUUGACUUGUACUUAAGGUACAAUAGAAGAUCUAGCAAAUAAGAAAAUAUGACCGAUACAAGUUUAGUGAUACAAAACAUUUUUAGACCUCAGUUUCCUUUGCAUUAUGUUUUAUUAUUAU